UCAGGUGCACCAGGAGGUGAUGAGUUAUGUGAUACGCCCAGCUCAGCUCUUCUCUUUUGUCCAUCGUCCUUCCGUCCCAUCAUUCAGCCGUCAACUUUUCUUUCAUCUUUCCCCUUUUCCCACCCUUCCUAACUAGCUGUUCAAACUUGCUGGAACUACGGAACUUCUAAGACGUCCAACGCGAUAACCUACCUCCCAACUCCCCUUCCUACUUGUCAAAGGUACGUUCGCCCCCCCCGGGUUGGAACAUACCUCACAAGUUCCCUCUCUACGGAUAUUUCCCUUUCGGAUCUCUAUCUCUCUCAACGUAAUUCAAACUCAUCAACUCGACUAGUCGACCAACAAUCCCACGGUCCGCCAACCCGACGAGACUUCGUACGCCACCCCGAUUACCUUAAGUCAACCGCUUCACGAUCUGCUUCAGCUCGAGCUUCACCUUGACGAGAUACUCCACCGCUGCGGAUUCCAGACCAGACCUAAAACGAAGAGCUUCGGGGUCUAUCGCCUUGGGAGGUCCGCUACGGAAACAAGUCCACCUCUCGGCGUUAACAAUUCGACCAAGCCACCGCAGUACCGAGCGAAUAGCAGCACCCAACCCUCUGCCGCUGCGCUAGCCAUCUGACGCUACCUGCUUGCAAAUACCGUGACAGGCCGAUUUGUUUUAGGCCCUUUUCGUCUUUUACUUCAUCCUCGAAACCCCCCCAAUUCCUCCUCCCAACUUUGCCGUCUUUCCUUAGACACCCUCCCAGUCCCAUUGCGCACAGCGCCGCUCUACAACCACUCCGAUCAGCUCGUCGACGAUAACCCGCGCACUUCUCGCGCUCAUCGGCAUCCUCUCACCUUCGUAGCAAACCACGCCCCCGGACCUUGCGUCCCGACGACAACCCCGCGAGUGCCCGGCUUCGGUGAACACCGACUCAAUUCGUCCAACAUGGACCACAUGGGCUUCCAGAUGCCUCAUAUGGGGGGACCGCCCCAGAUGAUGAACCAGCCGCCCCAGAUUUUUGGCGCUUACACGCCCGACGGCCUUCCCGUCACGCAUAUGCCCCCGGACCUUGCUGCUCACAUGUUUGGGGACCCGUCUACCCUCCUCGACGAUGCAAACGAGGCAAAGAGAAGAAGGAUUGCGAGGGCUUGUGACAUGUGUAGGAAGAAGAAAAUCAAGUGCGACGGCAAAAUGCCUGCCUGCAGCCAUUGCAUAAACUACAAGACGGAUUGCGUAUUCACUCAGGUCGAAAAGAAGCGCAAUCCGCCAAAAGGAGCUAAAUACAUUGAAGGGCUCGAGAACCGUCUGGGCCGCAUGGAGAAUCUGUUGAGGCUGUCAGGUCUUCUCGGCGAAGACGACGACGGUGACACGGACCUGGGCACACUCGAAAAGCGAUUGGCAGAGAAACAACAGCAGUCGAGGCAGGCAUCCCAAGCUGCGUCUAACCCAACAUCUCCGUCCCAGGCAACGUCGGGGCAGAACGAGGCCAUGUCAACGCCGCACAGCGCUAUAACGUCACCCGAGCCUACCAAAGAAUCGCACAGAGAUCCCAAGGAUGCAGACAAGCGCCGGGCCUCCGUAUCCGAGGAGAAGGGUAACGAAGAAGAGGUCGAGGCGCUUUCAGAGCUCAUGUGCUCCCUGGUCACGAACCAAAGUGGCGAGACGCGAUACAUCGGUUCCUCGUCAGGCUUCUCCAUCUUUUCGCCCAAGGGUAUUCAGUGGGUGAACGAGAAGACGGGCGACAACUCAUUCCAGCAAAUGAUUUCCGAAGUCUCAAUCGACGACCACAAGUGGACCGCCUGGAAACCCGAGGUUUUCAGCGACUUGUUCCGCCGCCCAGUCUUCCGGCCACUGCCUCCCAAGACGGAGGCGUUGUCUCUGCUGAAAGACUUCUUUGAGAACUUCAACUGCAUGUUCCCAUUGUUUCAUCAACCCACGUUCAUGCAUCUGGUCGAGCGACAAUAUUCCGACGAUCCGUACGAGGGCACUGGCUGGUGGGCUAGUUUGAACUGUGCUCUGGCUUUUGCCCAUCGCCUGCGUGUCAUGAGUAAUCUUGUACCGCAGGAGGAGGACGAUAAGGCUUGGGGUUACAUGAAGAACGCGUUGGGAACUUUUGCCGAAUUGUCGAUGCGCAACACAGAUUUGCUGAGUGUACAGGCCUUGCUCGGAAUGGCCCUCUUUAUGCAAGGAACUCCCAACCCUCAACCGACAUUCCUUCUGGUCGCCACAUCCAUUCGUCUUGCACAUAGCAUUGGCCUUCACAAGAGAGGGACUGGCUUCAACCUCAACCCAAUUGAGAUUGAGCAGCGUAAGCGAGUCUUCUGGAUCGCCUACAUGCUGGAUAAGGACCUUUGCCUCCGAGCGGGCCGCCCGCCAGCUCAGGACGAUGACGAUAUGAACGUCGAGUUACCCGAUGCUGAUCCGGAAGAUAACAUUGGUAACAUUCCUCUGGCUGAUGGUAAGGGUAAGAUGAACCUUUUCCGGGUCAUGUGCGAGUUUGCGACAAUUGAAAGCAAGGUCUACUCUCGACUGUACUCGACCAAGGCCACAAAGCAAUCGAGCGGAGAGCUCCUCAACACCAUCGGAGAGCUCGAUCAGGAACUCGAGGAAUGGAAGGACAGAAUUCCCAUCGAUUUCAGACCAGAGCACGAGAUCAAGGCAUCGCAUACGCCUCUCAUCUUGCACGUUGCCAUGCUCCACUUGACUUACUACAACUGCUUGACGACGAUCCACCGCAUGUCAGUCCACCACGGCUACUGGACGAGUCGCCUGUCCAACUAUGCCAUUCAGGGUCUCAACGCCAAACCCCUCAAUCCUCGUGUCUUCUCUUCUGCGGCGCUCUGUACCGCUGCCGCCCGAGCGUCGAUCUCGCUUCUUAAGUACAUGCCACAGGGAGAUUCUCCAAGUGUCUGGCUUAUUCUGUACUUCCCAGUAUCGGCCUUGAUGACAUUAUUCGGAAAUAUUCUGCAGAACCCAAUGGACCCAAGAGCCAAGUCGGACACCAAGUUGAUGAAUCUCGUGGUCAACUUCUUGUCCAUGCUCGGUCAAGAAGCAGAGACCGGAGGUGUGCACCGUAUGCUCGGAGUGUGCUCAGAGUUUGAGAGGAUAGCCAAGCUCGUCAUCGAAAAGGGGGAGAAGGAGCAAUCUUCGCGGAGGAAGCGAAAGAGCGACGCCGCUGUCAAGACGUCGUCAAGUCCCGCCGCAUCAACACACACACCCAGGCCUGUCUCAGUCACCACUCCAACUCCCCAAACCGUGAACGGUGCAGCUACAUCAUCGACGACGAACGGCCAAUUAUCACCAGACUUUAAUGGAGAAGCGAAUCGGAGGAGGCACGGCUUCAGCCCCAUGACGACAACAUCAAUGCGAGAACCAUCGCCGGCACUCCCGUCUGCCGGAUGGCCGCAGGAGUUCAGCAUACCAGAACAACCAAACUUCAACAACUUUGGCGAGAUGACAGGAUUCGCAGGGCCCAACAGUGCUCGAUCGCCGCCAGUAAACAUGGGCGGACCGUUCCAGCAACCUCUCCUGCCGCAAGAUCUGUUCGCCCUCCCCAUGACUCUAGACUGGGACUGGGCAGAGAUGAGCGGCGGUGCGUACCCGACUGUGGAAAACGGCAAUGUGGGUUAAUUGAUCUCGGAAUCCUCGGAGCAAGUCCGAAGCGCUGGAAUAUUUGAUUCGACGGACAACCGCGUCAACAAGUGGUCAUUGGACAGAACAUUUUAGGUUGCAUAAUGUGCAUAUAUGAGACGACAUCACGAACCAUUUAACGCAUGUACGAGUAAUUGGCCUGCUGAACGAACGGAGCUGUGGCUGGGAGACUUGUAGGGAGAAUCUAGCUUAUUACGCUGCACCCUGCCAAAGAGUGGCGGAA